UCCCCUAACCGUACCUCUCUCCCAAUCCAAUGUCUCCACCUCCACCGCCCCGCCUCCUCCUCCUAAGCAUCCUCGCUCUCCUCGCCCUCUUCCCACCGUUCCUCCUCGCGUCCUCCUCCUUCCCGCUCCCCACUGUCGCCAUCGCCGCCGUCAGAGCCAACGCCACCGCCUCCCCGCACCACCUCGCCUGCGCUCUGGUCCCCUGCGGUAACGGGACGGACUACCAGAUCUCCUGCGCCAGCGUCACCAACAGCUCUGCCCAGCCCCGCAACUACUCCUACGGCGGCGCUGGCGGCGAAAGGACGCCGUUCUCCGCCGUCGUCGCCGGCGAUGGGUACCUCUGCUCCGCAGGUCCGACUGUGUCUCGGUCUCGGCCGAUGUCCAUGCGGUGGUGGGACCUAAAAGACAGCGAGGCGCCGUCGAAGAGGGUGUACUGGGGCGAGGCGCUGUCCGCGGUGUCCGGCGGCGGGGAGUACGUGUGCGGGAUCUUCAAGCAGAGGAUACAGUGCUGGAGGUGGCCGUUGGGUACGGUUCCGGAUAACGUGCGGUUCUCGGCCGUGGCGGUGGGCGGCGGGUUCGUGUGCGGGCUGGUGGCGGGGACCGGCGAGGUGAAGUGUUACGGCGGCGGGGACGCGGUGAGCCGGAAGCCGAACGGAAGCCAUGCCAUGAUUGCAGCAGGGGAGCGGCACGCGUGCGCGGUGAAGGUGGACAGAGGUGAGGUGGUGUGCUGGGGUGAGGCGGCGGCGGUGGCUGCCGCGUCGCCGUCGCCGAGGAUAGCGGGGCGCUCGGUGUCGUCGCUGGCGGUGGGCGACGCGGUCACGUGCGUGCUGUGGGGGAACUGGACGGUCGCGUGCUGGCCGCCGGAGGAGGCGGCGCUGCCGCGGUCGGUGGCGCAGCAGCAGUUCGUCGCGCUGGAGGCCAGGGGGAAGGUGGUGUGCGGGGUGCUCAUGUCCGACUACUCGCUCGUGUGCUGGGGCCCAGGCGUCGCGGCCGGAGCCCCGGGUGGGGUGAGCAAGGUGUUCGACCGCGUCCUGCCGGGCCCGUGCGCGCCGUGGGCGUCGUGCCAGUGCGGCGUCUGGUCGGGCUCCGGGCCUCUCUGCGGCGGCGCUGGCGGCGCGGCCGUCUGCUACCCCUGCGGCUUCUCUCCGCCCAUGAUGGCGCUGGCGCCUACCUCCAACUCGUCGGCGUCGAACUCUCACUCGAGCGGGAAGCGGCGGCCGAGCGACCUGGCGAUCGCGUUAGUCAGUGCCGGAAUCGGCUCGGGAGUGCUGGCCGCCAUCGCCGCGGUGGUGGUGGUUUAUUGCCUUCGCCGGCGACGGAGCGGCAGCUCUCAGGACUCCGGACGCAUCCACGCGGAGCCGAACGGCCCGGCGCCGCGCGUGGAGCGUCGGCUCAGCGCGCUGCUCUCCAAGGGCCCCAACACGACGGUGGAGCAGUUCCCCCUGGUGGCGCUCCGGGCCGCCACUGGCGGCUUCUCGCCACCCCACCGCAUCGGCUCCGGCGGCUUCGGCACCGUGUACCGCGCGUCUCUCCCCGACGGCCGUGAGGUCGCCAUCAAGCGCGCGGAGCGCCGCGACCCCAGCGGCGCGUCCUCCUCCACGGCGGCGCGGCGCGCGAGCAACCACGAGGCGGCCUUCGUCUCCGAGCUGGCGCUGCUCUCCCGCGUCAACCACAAGAACCUCGUCCGCCUCCUGGGCUUCUGCGCCGACGGCGGCGAGCGCAUCCUCGUGUACGAGUUCAUGCCCAACGGCACCCUCCACGACCACCUCCACAAGCGCCCGGCGCCGCUCUCCCCGCCGCUCGCGUCGUGGCCGGCGCGCCUCCGCCUCGCGCUCGGCGCCGCGCGCGGCAUCGAGUACAUGCACACCUACGCUGUGCCGCCCAUCAUCCAUCGCGACAUCAAGUCCCCCAACAUCCUCCUCGACGCCGCCUGGACCGCCAAGGUCUCCGACUUCGGCCUCUCGCUGCUCAACGACCUGAGCAGCAGCAGCGACGGCGACGGCAAUGCCGGCGACGUCGUCGCCGACGACGAGCCGUGCGUGACGGCCGGCACGGUGGGGUACAUGGACCCGGAGUACUACCGGCUGCAGCACCUGACGGACAAGAGCGACGUGUACAGCUUCGGGGUGGUGCUCCUCGAGCUGCUCUCCGGGUGCAAGGUGAUCCAGCGGUUCGAGGGGAGCGGCACGCCAAAGAACGUCGUCGACGUCACCGUGCCGCACAUCGAGGCGGACCGCGUGCACCGGGUGCUCGACGCGCGGCUGCCGCUGCCGACGCCGGGGGAGAUGGAGGCCGUCGCCUACGUCGGGUACCUGGCGGCGGACUGCGUGCGGCCGGCCGGGCGCGACCGGCCCACCAUGAGCGAGGUGGUCGGCGUGCUCGAGCGGGCCGUGGCGGCAUGCGAGGAGAACGACGACGGCGGCGGGGGCGAGGCAGUGCUGUCGCGGUCGUGCACCGAUGGGUCCACGACGACGUGACGUGGCACGUGGGCGAGGCAUUUGCUUGGGUUGGAGUCCCUGGUGGCAAAGGACACGAGGGAGUUUCUUGAGGAUUUUUUCUCUCUUCAUUUCCCCCUAAUUUUGUAGUUAUUUUCUUUUGCAGUUGCUAGUAUAGGUACAUUCAUUAACAUUUUACAAGAUUGAAAAAAUAUAGUGGAAAUGGAUACUUUUUUUUCA